AUGACGAACAAGAAAUCUACGAAAACUCCAAAUAAGUUGCAAGAGAAAACUGUUGUAGAAGAGCAAAAGCCUUCUUCUGCACCAAAAAAAGCAGUUAAUGAAAUUGACGAAAUUUUCGCUACAAAAAAGAGAAAGAAGCCUGAUGUGAAAAAGAAUGGGAAAAGCAAUGAAGCAACUAAAAGUACGGAUAAAACUAAGAAGAAGAAUGACAAGAAAAAACCCAGAAGGCUAGAUGAGAGUGAGUAUGUAGAACGGUCUUCUCGACCGAAAAGGAAAACAGAUGAUGGGCUUGCCAUCUAUACCGAAGAGGAGUUAGGUAUUAGUAAAGGGGAUGCUGGAAAUACCCCACUCUGUCCAUUUGAUUGCUCUUGUUGCUUUUGA